AAAUCUUCAAAGUAUACCAAAUAUUUCAAAAUAUGGAUGAGAAAGAUUCACCAAAUGAUUCACCUUUACCAACAAUUGAAACGAAAUAUCACAAAACAAGAAACAAUUUUCCGUUCGAUAAAUCAUAUGUUCUUUUAUCCGGGAGGAUGUUAGUGAUGACGUAGUAGAGCACACGUUGUUAUCGCCAGCAGUUUUAUUUUUGUAUUUUGUUUUACUUCAUGUUAAACCUAAGACUUCAGAGCUCAUCAGUUGUUCAUGGACAUGGUUCAGCAAUAUGAAACUAGUUCGCUCAGUCACUGCACUUUGUUCGAAAAACAUAAUGCUUUUGAGGACUCCACCGACCUAUACUCAACAGAAUAUACUCUCUGCCAAAGAUAGAAGUUUAGGGUAGCUGUUUCUAAAGAAAAAAUCCUUCAAUGUGGGAAGUACGGGAGAUUGUAGAACUACUUUUUGUGUCACAUUCAUCAAGAAUCGUAAGUUUUGGAUCAUAAUUUUGAAUAUUGAGAAAAGCAAUGUUGACCAAUCAAAGUUCAGAUAACUUGCAAUGCCCUAAGUGUGCAAAAUCAUUUCAACAACAUGAUCAACUUAGAGUUCAUUUAAUGUGGCAUAAUGGCUCUAGACCUUACACUUGUGGCAUAUGUGGUGUUAAGAUGAAAUACAAAGGAAGCUUGACUGUUCAUAUGAAGCAGCAUGACUUUGAACGGCCUUAUAAAUGUUUGAGUUGUGACAAAUCAUUUGUGAAAUACACCUACCUUGAGCGACAUCUACGGGUUCAUAGUAAAGAUAAGCCAUUUACUUGUGAAGAAUGUGGUAAAACGUUUCGAGAGAAGGCUCAUCUUACUGCACAUAGUAGAACACAUACAGGGAUACGACCAUUCUCAUGCACACAAUGUCACAAAACGUUCCGCUUUAGUUCUAAUCUUGCUGUGCACAUGCGCACGCACAGUGGUGUUAAGCCGUACAAAUGCUGCAAAUGUGAGAAAAGGUUUUCCGAAUCAAGUAAUCUCGAUCGUCACUUAAGAAGCCAUGAAGGGUCUAGGCCAUUCGUUUGCGAUAUUUGCCGGAAACAGUUUACUCAGAAAUCUAGUUUGGUAAUACAUCAAAGGUUGCAUAGUGGAGAGAGACCUUAUCGUUGUCCGAUUUGUGGACGUGGAUUCACAAAAACUGGUGACUUAAAUAGACACGUGAAGACACACUCACGAGAGAAGCCAUUUCACUGCUAUGAAUGUGGGGAACGUUUUUCUAAGAAGUCCAAGUUGACCGCACACUUAAAGACUCAUACUGAUUUGCCUUACGGGUGUGAAACAUGUGAUAAAGCUUUUUUAACUGCGCGUGAAUAUAAUUGUCAUUUGUUUGACGAACAUGAAAAAGAACAUUCCACGAUAGAGGAGUGCGAAAGUAGUGACGAAAUGAAAGGCGAUGGCCACCAAGAUGUUGAAAAUUCUCAGGUUGUUGUAUGCGAGACUAUGGAUUUUGACACUUGUGGCAAUGUUGAAGUCAGCGAAAAAACUGAGUUCGUCGUGACAAUAUGAUGAUUUAUAAAGAGCAUCGUUGCUUUUGAAUUUGUCGUGUGUGAGAGCAGGUGACAAAUAGAUCUCGUACGUCAAUCGCGGUGGGGAAGGAGGCCGUCAUUCAGUGUGUAAUGAAAACGAAAUUAGGACGAAAUCUGACAUGAGUUUAUGAGUGUUAUAAAUACAUACACUGUUACUCGGGUAUGUAGCUAUUUCCCGCCUAUUUUAAACCAUUGUGGUACAUGUCCGCGAUUGUUGAACGAAGUAUAUUUUGUCGAAUUUGGCCCCUAACCGUGUAUUGUUAUUGAAUAUUGACAUUUCUAAAAUGUUUAUUGGUUGAAAAACUUUAGACAUGUCUGUGAAAUGAAAAUCGAAGAGAUGCGUUAUAGGUUUCUCAUUAAGUACUUAUACUCAAGAAGAGACCUGAUGAGAAAGGUUAGAAAUAGGUGAAUGUUGCAUGACAAUUAAAACGUGAAAAUUUUUGUUACAAAAUGCUACGAAAAUGCGUGAUAUUAUAGUGUGUCAGAAAGUCCAUUAUGUAUGCUACCGAUAUUAAAAGUGAUAGGAACACGUUCUAAUCCAAUCAUAUACGCUUACUGUAAGCAGAAACAAAACUCAUUCGUAAAAUGAUUUUUAAUUACAUUAUAAAAAAAUCCGAAUGUAAAUUGUAUGUACAGACUAAUAAUUGUCUGAAAAUUAAAUAAAAAAGCCUAAUCAA